AUGCACACUGACCAUACAGCCUUUAGAUAUUUGAUGACAAAAAGGAUGCUAAGCUUAAUCAAAUGGGUGUUGUUGCUCAAGGAAUUUGAUUUUGAAGUGAAAGACCGUAAAGGCAGUGAAAAUCAGAUAGUUGACCAUUUUUCCAGGCUGGUUAAUGAAAAUAGAGACAAGUCUGUGAAUGCUAACAAGACUGCUUGGGCGAAGAAGCUAGAUGAUGCUCUUUGGGCAUACCGGGCAACUUUAAAAACACCUAUUGAUAUGUCCGCAUACCAGUUAGUUUUUGUAAAGGCAUGUCAUUUGCCUGUGGAGCUGGAACAUAAGGCGUUGUGGGCCUUGAAAAAGUUAAACUUGAAUUGGAGUAAAGAUGUACAUAUGAGGCUAGGUCAAAUCAAUGAGAUGGAUGAGUUUUGCUUGCGUGCAUAUGAGAGUGCUUCUUUAUACAAAGAGCGAAUGAAACUAUAUCAUGAAAGGCAUGUUGAGCAGCGAAAAUUCAGCAUUGGGGACAAAGUAUUUUCUCAUGGAGCAAUUGAAAUUGAAGCUCAAUAUGGUCAUAGGUUCAAAGUGAAUGGACAACGGGUGAAAUGGUCCUUGGGAUCUCCUGACGAAGUAAAAGUUGUUGAAAAGCUCCAACUUGAUGAAUUAUGA